AUGGGAAUGUCUUCCAAAGGGUCCGAACCGAUGCGAAACAAUGCCAGAUCACGAGUGUCAUCGUAUCGAGAAGAAGACGAUGACCUCGAAGAAGUGGGACGACAACUCGUGGCGGAGCUGGGCAAACAAAGCAAUAUGCUCGCGUCGGACGAUUCCAUCCUGGGAGAUAAUAGUGACGACGACGAAGGGGAUCAAGACACACCAGCAACGGCAUUUACUACACAACACCCACAUGAAGCGGCAAUGAUGGACGAGGACGAAGAAAUGCCACCGCCUAUGCCACCCAGAGAACCGGAGGCUCCCGUGAGAACACUUUACAUUGUUCCAAAGGCAAAGGUACCAGAAUCGGACGAUUGCAGCAACCAGCAACCUUGCGUUCCAUAA